CUCUCUAGCAGGAAUUGGUGCCAUCGCCCGAGGAGCUAGCAUUCCUGACCGGGGGGAGGUAGAGAGGAAAGAAGAGAGCUUUCAAGUGUAUUUAACAUUCUCCUGCCAGCCCUCUCCAAUGGUCUCCCUCCGUUCUUUCUCCAAAGCACCAGACUCAUAAGUUUACUGAAGAAAAAUAAACUCAGGAAUCCAGACUCAGCCUGACAGACAUAGUCUCAUGGUGAGAACCCUGGAUUUGGAGACCCUGAAGAAGAUGGAGAGGCACAUGGUCAGGGGACAACUGUAUACGCACUUUGAUCUGGAGAGGAAGAAUGCCAAGCAGGCUGAAGCCAGACUGGACCAAAGACUGCAGAGACUGGAGUAUAUCUGCCUCUAUCGUAUGAAAUUGCUGACCUGGGAGCAGAAGCAGCUCCAAAAAGAACUGCAGAAGUUACGGCAAGCAGAAACCAUGAAGAAACAUUUCUCCUCUUAUUUGGGGAAUGGAAUUCAGAAGAGACCAGAAGAUGUUCUCAUGUUCUCACCACAGGGAAGGCAGAAGCACAGACUCCCACAGGCCAAGAAAAUGAGAGCAUCAGCAACCAGUAUGACCCAAGACACAUACAAAAGCAAGUCCCAGGUGCCUCCUUCACGUGAUGCUGGCCUCAAAGACCCCAUGAGGAGCAAAGAGCAGCCACUCUUUCAAAAUAACAGAACUACCUGCUUCAUAAAAGAGCAUCCACAAGCCCAAGAGAAAGAUUCUGUGAAUCCACCUAAGGACGUAGACUCCAGCAAGGGCAUCUGUGUUCUGUGCCAAGAUCAAGCAGUUUCCACCAACACCACAGAACAAGGUCCUAGUUCCAGCCCAGCUAGUGAUAGUGGAAUGGAACGUGCUGAUGAAACCAGAUCAAAAGAUGUUGCUCUAAAGCCAGAUGGGAACACUGGAAAACAAAUGCCCCUAAAUCAUGUGGAAUGUGCAGGAAGCUUCCAAGGCGAGUCCCCAAAGCCAACAUUCUUAGAGUUGCUUUCAAAGGCCAGAAAUGCCCAUUAUCUCCGGCACAGGGUCCCUCCUGAGUCUGAGAGGUUGCUUAGCAUUGGGGAGAUAUUUGGGCAUGGGGAAUCCUCAUUGUCCAGUGCAGGAGAGGAGUGUGAAAAUAGGACGCCUUCUAAGUUUCUUCCUCUAUAACCAUUUAACAUAGCCUGACAGUAACAUAUGCCAUUAUUGCCAAGGAAAUGUGCUCCUCAAAUGACUAUGUUAGGCAAUACAGAGAAAAACAAACAAACAUAAUUGAAUUACAAUUUUAUUUUAAA